AUGGAGCACCUGCUGUUCCUUCUGGUGCUGCUGCUGCCGGGAGCUGCAGGUCUCAUUCAGUAUGACCAGGAGCUGAAGACGAUAUGGCACCUGAACACAUCAAUGGGCCUGAGAUCUCAGCUCAAUGCUGUAAAAAGAAUGAGGCCAAUGAGGCCUGGACCGCCCAGGCUAGGGGCACGACCUUGCGCCAAAAAGAGAGCGUUGGCCCUUACCAGCGGACACUCUGAGGAUGACAUUGAGUUCCCCUUACAGCACCUGAGGGACUCCGACAUCGAUGUCCUGUUAAUAGGUAACUUUGGACUGGGAGGGAGUUCUCUGGGAGUUAUUUCAGUAAAAGGAAAGUGGCCUCACCUGCUCAGUGGUUCCUCUCUGAACUGGACCAAAGCUGAAAAAUACAGGAACAGUUAUACUGUGUUAACCCCCCCCCCCCACCCCCCCCAUUUUCCAGAGUCUGUGCGGCUGGUGGCUGGAAGCAGUCUGUGUUCAGGCAGGCUGGAGGUGAAGAACCAGUCUGAGCAGACCUGGUCCUCAGUGUGUGAAGCUGCCUUUGACCAGCAGGAUGCAGAGGUGGUCUGCAGGCAGCUGGGCUGUGGGCCUCCUUCUGGCCUCCAGGGGGCACUCUCUGUGGGGGUGGAGACUCCAAUGUGGAGCAGAGAGUUCCAGUGUGGAGGCCAUGAGUCUGCUCUACGGGACUGUAAAAGCUCAGCCGGAGGCAGCUGCUCAGCUGGAAGAGCUGCUGGACUCACCUGCUCAGGUAGGAGAGCUGCAGCCGUGGGCCGCCUGGUUCUGUUCUGGUUCUGGUUCUCUCUGUCUCUGUCUCUGUCUCUGGCUCUGGUUCUGUCUCUGGUUCUGGUUCUGCCGGUCCGGCUCGUGGGGGGCCCCAGCCGCUGUGCAGGCUCCCUGCAGCUGAGGCGUCGGGGCUGGCGUCCGGUGGCCGGCCCACAAUGGUCUCUGCGGGAGGCGUCACUGGUCUGCGUCCUGCUGGACUGCGGCUCUGCUGUUUCUGUGGGAGAAACCCUGAACUCCUCUAACAGGUCUGUGUGGUGGAUCAGCUCCCACUGCGCCCUUGCUGGGUUCCCCCUGACAGAGUGCGCCUCCGCUGACUCCCCCUCCUCCACGCUGGAGAUAUCCUGUUCAGAGUCUGUGCGGCUGGUGGCUGGAAGCAGUCUGUGUUCAGGCAGGCUGGAGGUGAAGAACCAGUCUGAGCAGACCUGGUCCUCAGUGUGUGAAGCUGCCUUUGACCAGCAGGAUGCAGAGGUGGUCUGCAGGCAGCUGGGCUGUGGGCCUCCUUCUGGCCUCCAGGGGACACUCUCUGUGGGGGUGGAGACUCCAAUUGUGGAGGCCAUGAGUCUGCUCUACGGGACUGUAGAAGCUCAGCCGGAGGCAGCUGCUCAGCUGGAAGAGCUGCUGGACUCACCUGCUCAGAGCCGGUUCGACUGGUGGGGGGGCCCAAGCCGCUGUGAUGGGACCCUACAGCUGAAACAGGGUGCCUGGCGGCCCGUGGCCGGGACCGACUGGACGCAAGCGGAGGUGGCCGCCGCCUGCAGGCAGCUGGACUGCGGUUCUGCUGUGUCUGGGAGCGGGAAGCCAGGUCCAGACAGGCCUGCGUGGGGCCUGAGGGCCGGCUGUGCUAGGUCGGGGUCCUCCCUGAGGGAGUGUGCCUCCCCAUCCCGGUCCUCCAGCACCGUCAGACUGGUCUGCUCAGACCUGCUGGUGGAGCCGGUCAUCUGGGUGUCCUCUGAGUCAGGCGUGUACUGGCCCCCCCAGCAGGGGGCGGCAGCGGUGUUGCUGGGCUCCAGCUUCUCCAUCAGCUGCUCUAUCCAGCCGCAGUACCCCGGGGGCUCCUUCCAUCUCAGCUUCAGCUCCCCCAGCGCCACCCGUCUCCUCAGCCAGUCGGCUGCCAAUCACUCUGCGCACUUCCUGUUUGCAGCCGCAGAGCCCGACCACCAGGGCAGCUACCGAUGUGCCUAUUGGCUGCACAUGUUCUCCAGGAACUUCUCUUCCCAGAGCCCCCAGAUGUCUCUGUCUGUCUCAGAUCCGACUGCUUUUGGAAUCAGGCUGCUGUUUCUGCUGGUUUUCCUGUCUGCUGUCUGCACAAUAUACAAG